AUGUCCGCUUUCCUGUCCUUCCUCAAAGCCCUCCUCCCGCCAGCUCUCAUAGCCGCCCUCCUCUACCUCCUAACCACCUACGCGCUCCUCCCCCUCUUCCGGCGGUACCACCAGCGCCACCGACGCCAGCUCUACCUUCCGCUCGACACCCUCUCCAGCCACUCCACCUCCCUCCGCCACCGGCUGUCCGAUGCGCUCGUCUCCUUCAUCGCAAGCGCCGCGCCGGACUCGUGGCGCUGGAACGGGCCGCCGCCCGCAGUCACCCACGGCUCGUCGGAUGAGGAGGACGAGCUUUUUGGAGCGGAUGAGGGAGAGAGCAUGGUGGGGUUUGAGGCCGAUGCAGUGGACAGGAGCAGGAGACGGACGUUAGAGAGGAUGAGGAUUGGGAGGGACGAGGAGGCAGCGGGAAGCGAGGCACGGCUGAGCAGGGAUUUGGAGGAAGGGUUUAGGGAUGAUAGCGAUGACUCGGAUGAGGAGGGUGCCCGAUCGUGA